AGCUUAAACCCUUCCAACGUCUGAGUUUUGAAGGAAACAAACCCUAACGUCCACAUCGAACUCUAAACCACACUGAGAUGGCGAAAUGGUGGCGUGGCCUGAGAUCCGUGGCUGAUCUGCCGGCGUCUUCAUUCGGUCGAUCGAUUCGGUGUAUUCAUCAGUAUCAGACGAUCCAGGCGAUUCCACGGGAAGCUACGGGUCGAGGAGUAUCGGCUCGGGAUCGGACGAUUGGCCGGAUUCCCGCCGUGGUUUUCCCGCAAUCGCUUCUUGAUACUGAUGCUUCGAAGCGAGGCGUUUCGAGGAAGCAGCUAUUGACGGCGGAUAAGAAGCAGAUUAAGUCUAUUAUUGACUCUGUUGGUCUCCCAUUCUUCUGUUCGACCACUUUCCAGCUUCAGAUCCGAGCUGGUCAGGGUUCGUCGACGCUUGUUGAAUCGGGUCGAGUACUUCCUCUUAAGAUUCAUAGAGACGAAGAAACUGGAAAGAUACUUAAUUUAGUAUUCGUAUGGGCUGAUGAUGGAGAGAAGUUGAAGGUUGAUGUUCCUGUUGUUUUCAAAGGAUUGGAUAAUUGUCCUGGUCUCAAGAAAGGGGGAAACCUACGGUCAAUCCGAAGCACUCUGAAACUACUAGGGCCAGCGGAACACAUUCCAUCUAAAAUCGAAGUAGAUGUGAGCGAACUCGACAUUGAAGACAAAGUGUUAUUGCAAGACGUUGUAUUUCAUCCAUCACUAAAGCUACUGAGCAAGAAUGAAACCAUGCCUGUGUGUAAGAUUGUCGCCACUAGCCCGGUGAAAGAACCAGAAGCUGUUCAAGCAUAAAAUAAGUCUUUUAAAUGGGUAAUGUAAUGUCUCUCUGAAGUUUCUGUUCCAUAAAAAAAAUGUCAUUUGUAGACGCAGAUUUUUAGAAUAACCCUUGUUGUACAAACCCUUUAAGUGGUAGAACAAUAAACCCUCUGGUUGCUU